AUGGCGAACGAAAUUUCUCAAAAUUUUUUACAUGAAGUUAUUAAGCUUCAAAAUUUUUGUAAAGGAAGAUUAUUGAGUAUUACUUUUGAACCUAGUCAUCUUACUAUAGUUAGAGAUGUUUUUGACUAUACAAGAGCUCUUAGAAAUAGAAACAAUUGUAUUAUCACUACAAAACUCCUGAUUCCGGUAGAUCAAAAAUAUGAAUAUGCAACAGAAUCCCUAGAGGAUGAAUAUUUAAAUCAAGAAAGUGAAAAUUCAAUGGAAAAUCAAGAGCAUGAAUAUUCAACGUUAAAUGAAUUUUUGGAAACUUCCAAUAAUCCGGAAGAUGUCUUUAUCAAGAUUAAUUCACAUCUUGAAGCUUUGCAAAGUUGUGAAUUUUUGAAAGAAUAUAAAGAAUUAUUUAGUCUGUGGAAAACUAAGGCAGUGAAAACUUUUGGUAAUGAUGCAAUGAAUUCUACGAAAGCAAACGAAAUUAAACAAAAAUCUCAGAUAAAGUUCGUUAAUAAUGCUAAAAAAAGAACUACAUCACAAGAUAAUAAUAAAAUCAAAAGUUGGCAAGAUGUUGAUGAAAAUGAAGAAUCAUCCAAUAGUAUCAUUGACAAUGAAGAACCAUCCAAAAAUACUAAAAGUGACUUUGACAACGAAAUUACUCGACAACAACACACAACCGCUCUAACUAUACCACCUAUUCAAGAAACCACUAUCGAUUUCAGUGAUAACAUUGAUUCAAUUCAAACUGGCCUUCGAAAAUGGAGAGAAAUAAACUCAAAGAUAUUUAAGUUCAAACAGAUAAUAACAGAAGCUAAAUGGAAGAAUUUUCUUACUUUAGAUUUGGCUUAUGAAGCAUUAAGAAAGGUCAUCAAUCAAGAACCUACAAUCGAUCAAUAUGACAAUGAUACUGAAUUCGGCAAAGAAUCUGAAAAUGAUGGUGUCAGAAAAAAAAUUGAAGCAGGCAUUCCUCUAGGAAAAAAUGCUAAUGAACAAA